GGCGCGAGAGGUUCAUCAAAGAAGUCGUCGUAUAGAGGACUGUUCACGAAAGAGCUCCGCAAUCUGAUGUACGGUUUCGGGGAUAAUCGUAACCCUGCAAACGACACCGUGAAUGUCAUGGAGGAAAUUUUGGUGGAAUAUAUUGUGGAUGUAUGUCAAACUUCCCUUGCGUCUGGCAAGAAGUCCAGGUUGUCCAUCGAAGAUCUCCGCAGAGCACUCUCGCGACCUGCUGAUGCCAAGAAGCUUGCUCGUAUGGAGGAACUUUUGUUCAUGCAAGAAGACAUCAAGAGAGCUCGUGCU